UUGUUCAGGUAACACAUUCCUAUAAGGAAAAUUUGUUUAAAGCUCUUUAAAAAAUUUUAUAAAUUAAACGACUACAAAAGUUCCUCCACGAGGAAGCAAAAAUGAUUCAAUUACGCAGUUUGACACUUUUUGUUAUAUUCUCAGUGAUUGCGUUGAUAUCUGGUCAGCAUAGACGAGAAGAUUAUUGUCGACUUUGCAGAACUCACACAAUGUGUCUUUUUCCCAAUCCAAACCCAGAUCCAGUUUGUCUUGUAUCACAUGUGGGACUCAAUUCAGAUCAGAAAAGGGAAAUUUUAGAAUUGCAUAAUAACCUUAGACAAAAAGUUGCAUCGGGAGGUGAAAUAAGAGGAAAUCCUGGACCACAACCUCCAGCAAUAAGCAUUCCAGAUUUGAUAUGGGAUGAUGAAUUGGCAAUCAUUGCACAGAGGUGGGUUAAUACAUGCCCAUUUCAUCAAGACGAAUGCCGUCACGUUCAACGUUUCCUUGUUGGUCAAAACAUUGGUGUGUUAUAUGUAGAAACAGUUCCAUCCAAUAUAAUAACACGAAUUAUAAAUGACUGGUAUAAAGAGGUCAAUAAAUUCGAUUCCCGACAAGUCGAACGUGUCAUGGAUUAUUCAGAUGUUCAUCGUUAUACCCAAUUGGUAUGGUCAACAACUAGAUUCAUUGGUUGUGGUUAUAUUAACCACAGAUUUAACAAUCACGUAAUCAUAACCACACUAGUUUGCAACUAUGGUCCUGCAGGUAAUAAUAUUGGAGGCAAAGUAUACGACAUUAAACGCACGUAAAUUCAACUAUUCAACUAUAAAAUGAUAGUUGAAUUUUUCGACUAAAUUUCUUUCAGUGUAGAAAAUUAUUAUCUUAAACAAUUGUUUACUAACGACAAACUACUUUGUCUUAAUUAUGUAUCGAAAUACAGUGAAGCAGAAUAAUGC